AUGACAAAUUCUUUACCCGUUAAUGGAGUUAAUUCAAAAGAAGAUUUUAAUGAACCACUUGAAGAUACGAAAAGAAAAAUUGAUGAAUUAAAACAAAAAAUUGAUCGAUUAGAAAGAGAUAUUAAUGAACGAGAUCAAAUUGUUGAAAAACUUAAAACUUCGCAAUAUACUGAAUCAUCGCUUGACAAACGAGAAAAGCGAUCUUAUGAACGAAAACUCUCUGAAUUAGAAGAAGAAUUAAAAAAAAAGGAUUCAAUCCAAGCAGACAAUGCACGUCUAAAAGAAGAAAAUGCUGCAUUAAUUCGUGUUAUUAGUAAACUUUCGAAAUGA